GAUUACACUUAGUCGUUCUUAACACCAAAACGUACAAGAAGAAUCUCCCCAAAUUCCAAAAUUAAUAGCCAGACCAGUGUGUACUAAUAAGGCCAUUUCUCACCCUAUAUUAGUCAAAUUCGUAGAAUUUCCAUUGCACACAAGAUGUACUUCCACAGAAAAGGUCAUACUAUACCAUGCCAUCAUUAUGAAAGCAAAGCUAAGGUUUUGGGAACUUUUGUGUGUACUGGUGGAGCUUUGAUGUUGAUCCUUUACAAAGGAAUGCCCUUAAUCAAGCAAGAACAAGAGCGCAUUGCAGACAAAGGCACAACAACAGCAUCAGCUUCCAAGAUAAAGAAAUGGAUAAUAGGUUCACUGCUUCUGACUGCAGGAUGUGGCUUGUGGUCUUCAUGGUUUCUAAUACAAGCAAGGAUUAGCAGAAAGUAUCCAUGUCAAUACUCUAGCACAGCCCUUUUGUCCUUUUUUGCUGCCAUUCAAUCAGCAAUUUUAACUUUGCUUAUUGACAGAAGUAAGACCAAAUGGAUUCUCAGAGGAAAAUUAGAGAUUCUCAUUGUUGCAUAUUCUAUAAGUAUACAUAUCCUUUAUCCAAAAAGUCAACAUUUAGAAAUGGUUGUGGAAGGACUGGUUGGAUCAGGCUUGUGCUAUGUGGCAAUGUCAUGGUGUGUGAAACAAAGGGGUCCAGUUUUCACUUCAGCAUUCACCCCUCUUCUGCAGAUGUUUGUGGCAGUGCUUGGUUUCUCUAUAAUACAAGAGGAAAUUUAUAUGGAAAGUGUUGCAGGAUCAGUGUUGGUUAUUUCUGGCACUUAUAUUUUACUUUGGGGUAAAAGUAAAGAGGAAGAACAAAAUGCCAUGAAUGAUAGUCAAGAAGAUGAAGAAUGUAUGAACAAUUUUGAGGACAAUCCAAAUGUAGCCUCUAAGCCAAGGCUUAAAGGGGAACAAGGAUUAUCUGAAUUACAAGAGAAGCAGUUGGCCAUUGAAGCUGAUAAAAUUCUCAAGACUUUCAUGCAGGAGAGAAUGUUAAGAAAUUUAGCUUCAGUACCAAUUUUAUAA